AAUGCGUCCAGCAACUCCCACUGCUCCGCCUGCAGGUACGGGAUACGUACCAAUGCGUCCAGCAACUCCACCCGUAGCACCGGCAUACGUACCAAUGAGCCCAGCAACUCACGUUCGUCCACCUGCAGGGACGGGAUACGUACCAAUGCGCCCAGCACCGCUACCGCCCAUGAGACAUGGACCUUUGCCGCCUGGUUGGGAGCUACGUUACCAACUUGAUGGAAGACCAUACUUCGUGAAUCACAACUGCAAGACGACACAAUACGAGGAUCCAAGAAUUCUACCGGCAGGAUGGGAACAAAGAAUUGAUUCUAUGGGACAGACUUACUACGUCGAUCACAAAACCAAGACAACGACAUACGAGGAUCCACGCAUAAUGAAAUCGAAGGAGCAAGCAUCAGGACAGUAUGCCAGCGGAAAACCUCCGGAUGGGGACCCAAAGACUCUCCGAGAUCUAAAGGCAUCGCUACGGAAGUGGGACAUAGACCCGCGCAAAGUUACUUUCAAGAGCAAAAUCGGAGAAGGAGAGUUUGGAGAGGUAUGGAAGGCUACAGUCAAUGGGUUGCCAGCAAAGAGCCAAGAAGUGAAGACGGAUUACAUGUGUGCUGUUAAACUGCUGAAAGAUUGUGUAGAUCAAGAAGGAAAAAAACGGCAAGAGAAGGAGAUAAUUGACUUUCUUCAGGAGGCAAAAAUAAUGUCAACGUUUGAUCACCCGAACGUUGCCAAACUCCUUGCAGUGAACACAUCUCUUAUGCCUUACUUGAUUUUGUCCGAUUACAUGAACAAGGGCGACCUGAAAAAGAUGCUGAGAGACGAGAGACUCGCCGGACAAAAGUGGCCAUUCGAUCAGAAGCUGUUGUGUGCUAAACAAGCCGCAGAAGGACUCAAAUAUCUCCUCGUUGAAAAAUCGUUUGUGCAUCGAGAUGUUGCUGCACGUAAUAUUCUUGUGCAUGAGGAGAUGCCGGGACAUCUGGUUUGCAAGCUAACUGACUUUGGAUUGUCGAGAGAUAUCCGUCAGUCUCAAUACUACAGGCUAACUAGUGCUAAGGACACUCUAUUACCCAUUAAGUGGAUGUCGAUUGAGUCUCUAGAUGAUUUCAUUUUCAAUCACAAGACGGAUGUCUGGAGUUUUGGAGUUCUUUUAUGGGAGAUAUUUUCUAUGGGGAAGAUCCCCUAUCCCAGCGUUGAUGUGUUAGCUAUGCGUGCAGCGCUGGAGAGAGGGUUGCGUUUGGACAAACCAAAGGAAUGUAUAGGACCAAUUUAUGACUUGAUGCUGCGAUGUACAAGCCAUUCGCCAAACAAUCGACCAGCCUUUCCUCUCAUAUGCGAGAGACUGGAGGAAGAACUUGCAUUCGCAACUAACAAAUAUGAUGAUGUCCAAGCAAGAAGCGAAUACGGAGACAUUGCAGCCGAGGAUGCAGUAAAUAAUACGUCGUUCAAAGUAAGGACUGCGUCUUUGUCGUGUCGCAUGUCCAUAACCGACAUCAAAUGCGCUGAAGAUAUUACCGAACUAGAGAGGGAUGCCAUCGAGGACAUACUGCAUUCGAAUUUCGUUCCCUUCAAGUCGACUCAAGAUUUCGGUGAACUGGCAAACGAAUUAUUUCGGCUAUGGAAAGAGACACAACAGCAAGAUCUAGAGUGUGACUGAGAACUGGAAUUCUACGUGAGACGAUGAGUGUAUCUUUUAUAAUUUCAACGAUUAGAUCAAAUAUUCGAUUGAUUUCUGUCUGUAUGACGUAUGUAAUUGUGUCUUUUUAUUCAAUCGCUUUUGAUA